AUGAUCGCUCUGGUCGCGCGCAUUGUCACGCUCGCGACAUUCCUCCUAUGCGCCCUCGCGGACCGAGAAGCUCAAUGGCGCAGUCAGAGGUUUAAAGGCGGCUACGAGGGUAUGUUCCCGGUGCAGCGGUACUCGUCGAAGGGGGUGCAAGGUCCAAUUUUGAAUUAUUGGCAGCGCAGCGAGGCGUGCAGUGAUGGGUACGUGAUGCUUGCGCCGCGUGGACCGGCGGUUAGGAAGCCUGGGCCCAUCAUUCUGGAUUCCGAGGGCCAUUUGGUUUGGUUCAAGGAGUAUGAUGAUUGGGUUACGUUCAAUCUUAAUGUGUAUACUUUUAAAGGGGAGAGAUAUUUGACUUAUUGGACGGGGGAUCAUGUUGAUGGCGAGCAUGCGGCUGGGACCGGGUAUAUGCUCAAUUCGCAUUACGAAGAAGUCUACAAAUUCGACGGUGUAGAUGGGUUGGAUGUUGAUCUUCACGAGUUCCAUAUUACGCAAGAUGAUACGGCUGUUUUCAUCGCCUAUGCCAUUACCCCCGCUGAUCUGCGCGAGGCAGGAGGCCUCGAGACCGGUUGGAUCUGGGAUGGUAUUUUCGUGGAAGUAGAUGUUGAGACGAACGAAGUACUUUUCGAGUGGCGUGCCUCGGAGCAUUUCUCUUUCAUUGAAGUCGAGCGAGACCGCGAAGGGAAUGGUGAUAGCGAAGACCAGCCAUGGGACCUCUUCCAUAUCAACAGCGUUGACAAAGACGAAAAGGGCAAUUUCCUCGUCUCGUUCAGAUAUACGAGUUGUCUGACAUACAUCGAUGGUCGAACGGGUGGAAUUAUUUGGAAACUAGGUGGAAAACACAACUCGUUCAUCGAUUUAUCUGAUGGCGCAGCGACGAAUAUCAGCUGGCAGCAUCAUGCCCGCUUUCAAGAUGACUACUCGACCUCCAACACAAGAGCAAUUACCAUCUUCGACAAUUCAUCUCGCGGGCAAGGCGCCCCCGAGAACCCGAGCCGCGGUCUAUUCAUCGACAUUGAUGAAACAAAAAUGACAGCCUCUGUUCGCCAACAAUACUGGAAUCCGUUCCCUAUCAGCAGCCAAUCCCAGGGCUCAGUACAAGUCCUGGACAACGGAAACGUGCUCGUCGGGUAUGGCUACAAUGCUGCAUACACCGAGUUCGCUCCCGACGGCGAAGUCCUCUGCGAAGUACAUUUCGGAUCGGAAAAUUCCUUCAACUCGGGCCAGGUCAUGUCGUAUCGCGUGUUCAAGCAGGAUUGGGUUGGAUUGCCGCUUACGAAUCCCGACGUGGCACUUUCGGAUACACAUGCUUCUGUCAGUUGGAAUGGGGCUACGGAGGUGAAGACGUGGGUGUUGCAGGGUGCAUAUUUGCGGACUCAGGCGCGGAGGUCGGGGCAUGGGGAGGCGGUUGAGGAUUCGGAGCUGGAUUUUAUUCUGGCUGUGCCGAAGUCUGGAUUUGAGACUGUUGUCAAUAUCCCUGACGGAUGUUUGUAUACUAAGCUGAGGAUUGUGGGGCUGGAUAAGAUGGGUGCGUAUCUUGGUGCGUCGCCUUUGAUGGAUUGGGAAGAUCCGGAGAAGUUGAGUGUGGAAAUUAUGGUUUAUGAUGGGGAGGAGGAGCAGGAUGGUCUGGGGAUGCAAGGGACUCUGCCUCCUUCUUUGAUGUUUGGGAUGGGAUUCCUGACUGCUACGGCGGUUGGGUUAAGUGUGUGGCUUGUGUGGAGGUUUGUUCCGUUCUAUGCUUGGAGACGGUCUUUCGCCAAGGCUGGACAGGAUCGAAGUACCACUAAGUGGCAGGCUGUGCAUUCUGGGGAGGAAUUGGAUGAAUUGGACGAUCUAAGCGAUUUGGAAUCUGGGGAGCGAGCCGACGAUCAUCUCUUGAAACGGGAAGAGGAUGAGUGA